AUGAAAUAUUUAAAAAUAUUUUUAAUAUUUAUUGUUACUAAUUUGCUGAUCAAAGAAGUUGUAUUUUUUCUUUUAAAAGGUAAACAAUAUGAUUGGAAAGAAAAGUCAUGUAGAGAUAAAAAAAUAAGAGAAUUAGGAGAAGAGUCUAUAAUGAAAUAUAAUAAAAAACAUAAUUCAAAAUUGAGAAUGGCUACUGUUUUAUCAGCUCAAAAGAAAAAAAAUGGAACAACAUAUUAUUCUCUUAGAAUUUUAGCAGUAGGAGAUAUGCCUGAUAGAAGACACACAUUUACAAAAAAUAUUACAUCUCAGAUAUAUAAAAAUCCAGAAAAUAACAAUAAGUUAAAGAUAAAAGUACAUACUGAAAAACAUCAGAAAUCUUUUAAUAAUUAUUGA